AUGCCUCAGUCGAGGCCAUACUGCAAGGUCCGAGAGGAAAGAGGGCCCAGGAAUGAGGCAUUCAGGAAAGCAGGUCAUCAGGGCUGUGUGGAGCUGAAGGGUGGCAGGUGCAGCAACUCCAGCCUUAAAACCUUUGAAAACCAGAGACUCCUGCCCCAGACUGGAGUGCCUGGGCCCCUCCUCACGCUUCAGGACGUGAGCACUGCCUGGGCACUGCAUGGCCUGAAAAACACAGGCUCGAAGGAGGACAGACAAGACCGGCUACAUAACUUGCAGAAUGAAAACGUGGGGCUGCUUGUUCAGGAAUUGAGGAUUUCAAGACAGGGACAGCAGAGCAUUAAACCAGGCUAUGGGGACAGAGGUCAGCCUGGGGGGCAGAGAAGGGCCACAGUAUGCUUCUGA